AGCCACAACACAUUCAUUCACAUAAGGAGAAAGAGGCUUCAACACUAAGUUAGUGUGAGAAGGUUCGUGCCGGAGGAACAACAAUUUCUAUCCCUUUUUUGGUGAAUUUUAUUUUUUGGGGGGGGAAAGUACAGCACAGGAUGAAGAGCUUUGUGAUGUUCGCUGUUACUCUCACUUUGUGUCAGAUUGGGAGGAACCCUGCCAGUGCGGGGAUGUGUUGGCUUCAGCAGAGCCACCGGUGUGACAUGGUGCUGAUGAGAGGGGUCACCAAAGAGGAGUGCUGCGGGGGUGGCCGGCUGGACACGGCGUGGUCCAACACCAGCCUGCCCAUGAACGAGGUCAGCCUGUUGGGCUUCCUGGGCAUCGUCUCCUGUAAACCCUGCAAAGAGACGUGCGAGGGUGUAAAGUGCGGCAUCGGGAAAGUGUGCAAGAUGAAGAUGGGAAGGCCGCAGUGUGUGUGCGCUCCAGACUGCUCCCACAUCGGACGCCGGCAUGCCGUGUGCGGCAGCGAUGGAAGGUCAUACAAGGACGAGUGCAUCCUACUCUUGGCCCGCUGCAUGGGACACCCCGACCUGGAGGUCAUGUACCAGGGCGAGUGCAAAAAGUCCUGCUCCAACGUAGUGUGUCCGGGAACGCACACCUGCGUGACGGACCAGACCAACAGCGCCCAUUGCGUCAUGUGCCGAUCCACACCCUGCCCUAAACCGCUGCCCUCCGAGCAGCCCAUUUGCGGUAACGACAACAUCACGUACCCCAGCGCCUGCCACCUGCGUCGCGCCACCUGCUUCCUGGGCCGAUCCAUAGGAGUCCGCCACUACGGACACUGCAACAGUGCUCCAAGGAAAGCGCGCGUGUUUGACGGCAGCGAAGAAAACGCCGUCUAAAAAAAAUCGACAAACGCACCACAAGCUGACCUCUGUUGUGUUUGUGACAAUCAUCCCUCUAUAUUGUACACGAUUUAUUUGAUAUGGAAGCAGUGGCAUGGCGUAGCGGAGGUGCUAGGGGAGCAGUCGUCCCAUGGUGAAAAGUUUCGGGGGGGGUGCAAAAUUUCUAAAAUGUUUUGUAGUAAUGGUGACCAUUUAGUCUAUUGUUUAGGAGGCCCUGUUCAUUUUUGUUUUUUGUUUUUUUUUUGUUGUAAAAUAUGUUUAUGUAAAAUGAUGAGAGCAAUGCACGGUGCCACAGACAAACACAUUUUUGCAACUUGUUUGCCUCACUUUCGCACAUCUCCAUUGUCCAACAUGAUCAAAAAUGACAGAACGGAAACUUUGCUGUAGUGUGGGGUAGUCGACACAGGCGCAAUUUUAUGCAAAAAUGCAUUUUAAAGCCAUGUCGGAAUAGCAGUUAUAGCAUAGUGAGCGAGAAGUAUGCUACGCCAGCAAGUACUGGAUUUUUGGGGGACUGCAAGUUGCUUGGCUACUCCUAUUUCUUCUAUUUUCUUUUGGUGGUUGGCACACACUUUUGGAGCAUUACCACUUUGUUUUUACCAUGCUCAAGAAUGUUUUUUCUUCUCCUUUCUUCUUCUUCUUCAUCAUCAUCCUGGCGGUUGGCAAAUACUUUGAAAGGCCGGUGAUCCUAAGGUGGUGGUGAUGCACUAAGAAUAUUUGCCAACCACCAAAAGAAAGUCAACAUGAUUAGCGAGCAGGGAUUUGGGGUGACAAGGCUCGAAUUUUCAUUCUACAAGUCGCUCUUGUGUAUAAGUCAAAUUGUGGAGGAAAAAAAGUGCAAUUUAUGGUCUGGAAAAACAAAAUUAGGGCUCAACCAAUUAAUCAGUCAAUAAAAUAAAAUGAAGAGAUUUUUCUCUCGAUCACAAA